AUGCCGCGACUCGGUGCAGGCAAGACGGUCGUCGUGGGCGAUGCGACGCCGCCGCUCACUGCAAUCGCAGCGGGCUCGUGGACUCGACGUCCGACGUCGCACAGGCGGGCAGCAGCAGCUGGGGACGCAGUCCUCGGUUGGCAGCAGCGCCAAGGCAGACGACGGACAGCGGUCGCACGGCGCAAAGGCAGAGCGCGGGCAGAGGGUUUCGUCGGUGUCGUCGGUGUCGUCGGUGUCGUCGGUGUCGUCGGUGUCGUCGGUGUCGUCAAUGUCGUCAAUGUCGUCAAUGUCGUCAAUAUCGUCAGUAUCGCCAAUGUCGUCAGUAUCGCCAAUGUCGUCAGUAUCGCCAAUGUCGACCGUGGCGCCCGUGUCGCCCAAGUCUCUGCUGCGCUGCGCCGGUGGAGAGGCUGCGCAGAGGGAGGCUGGGAAGCGCACGUCGCCUGCCUGGUUUUGCGCAGUGUCGCUGCACCUCUCUCUAGGCGCAUUGGCUUCGGCCCAGAGUUGGUGGCGCCGCCGCCUGUCCAGAGCACUGCACGCAUCAUCUCAGCUGCAGCUCGCAGGCACCAGACGACUGCCGCUGCAAUUGCGACGCUGCACCCGACGCAAUACCAUUGA